GAAGGACCGGAAAUCGGCGGCGGCUCUCGAGAGGGACACGUCGUCGCGUGCCGCGUCGCAAGGCUGCUGUUGGCCAUGGAUACCGUGGAAGUGGCCGCCGCCCGCGAAGGGUCUCCGCCGCCUCAGGAUGCGCCGCUGCUGCCGGCCCAAGAGGUGGCUCCGGUCCAGCUCCUGAUCUCGGUGGCGGUGGCUGUUCUGGUCGUCUUGGUUCUGCUGAUCUGGAAAUUUGUCCAGUCCAGAAAGAGCAGCCGGAGAGCGGUGCUUUUGUUGGGGCUCUGUGGCUCCGGGAAAACUCUUCUGUUUGUAAGGCUGUUGACAGGAAACUUCCGAAAUACACAGACAUCAAUUACUGAUAGCUCAGCAUCAUACAGAGUGAAAAAUGACAAGAGCACAAAUGUCACCUUAAUUGAUCUCCCAGGUCAUGAGAGUUUGCGGCUUCAGUUAUUGGAUAGGUUCAAGGCUGCAGCCAGGGCAAUUGUAUUUGUUGUGGACAGUGUGGCAUUUCAGCGGGAAAUGAAAGAUGUGGCUGAAUUCCUCUACCAGAUUCUAAUUGAUAACAUUGUGCUUAAGAAUGCACCUCCUCUGUUAAUUGCCUGCAACAAACAAGAUGUUACAAUGGCAAAAUCAUCCAAACUUAUACAACAGCAGCUGGAAAGAGAACUCAAUACCUUACGAGUGACCCUGUCAGCUGCUCCAAGCACAAUGGACAGCUCAAGUUCUGGAUCAGCCUCACAGCUUGGGAAAAAGGGCAAGGAAUUUGACUUCUCCCAGCUGCCCAUGAAAGUGGAAUUUGUUGAAUGCAGUGCCAGAGGAAGCAAGGGAGAGGAGGGCAGUGCUGACCUUGAGGAUUUGGAAAGGUGGCUGGCAAGAGUUGCCUGAGGGUCAAGAGGCAGUCACUGGGGAAACACUGUGAAUUGGCCCAUUGCAUAAGACUGAGUGGAGGCCGGGCUUGAGUUCCCAGAAACUGGGUCAGUGUGCUCACAGGACAAUGGCAGGGCCACUCUGGAUUCUGCUGUGGGUUAUUUCUGCUUGGCGUGGAAUGCCCCAUUUUUAGCUUUGUGUCCUCAAACCACAUUGCCCUGUGGAGUCAGCUUUUUGUCUCUUACUCCCAUGCCUUACAACACUUGGCCUAUUACAUCUUAUCUAGAGAGGCUGUAGAGUGAGUUUUUGUGCUGGAUGAAAGUUGCAGGAAAGGAUUGUUUGUAACUAUUCUUCCACAGUUGGAAUUUCUCUGCUUCUGCCUGCUAUCUACUGUUAUUCUCAUUUGUGAUGGUCAAGGUGGAGAUUCACUCGCACAUUCAUCACAUCUUUUCUUCCUUCAUUAUUUGCGAAGCAUUUCAGCCUGAAUGGAAUCUGAUCUUCUAACUAUGGCAGUGCCACUUUCCUUGAACACUGUCUCCUGCUGGCAGUUCAGUGAGGAUCAACACUGUGUGUGCUGUGUAACAUUGCUAUUCCUCUGCUAACUUGGCUCGUAGUGGGCAUUACUCCUCUGAACUGUUCCUAAAUGAUUUCUGCCAAGAAGCAGGAAAUCCAAGUGACUGAUGAAAUUGUUUUUGUUUUAUUUUCAAACACAUUUCUCUCACACUAGAAAAAGAGUGACAGAAGCCUAAAAUGUGGCAUACUACAUAUUGCUUGGCUGGUGGUACUGCAUUGGAUGCUUACAGACAAUCCCCUACAUUUCGAUUGAUAUAUCUGUAGUUGGGGUUCUUUCUGUUUUUCAGGCUUGAUUCUUUAGCAGUUGAGAAACUCACAUUUCCUCCAGGAAUUCCAGGGAAAGAGAAAUGUUGAGCAUGCCAGUUUUCUUCAUUCUGAGUAUAUUACACUUUGGUGGGUGAGUCUCCCCUCAGUGCCUUAAUCUAAAACUUGCCAAUCCCACAGGUGUUGGAAGGUGGUGUUUUGAGUUCACCUACCCUUUAAAAGGGCAGUUGUCUGAGCUGCAAACUUGGGCUUGAUUGCAGUUGCUCUGAAUAACAUUUAUGUUAAACAGUAUGCUUUGCCGUAGUUUCUCCAGCAGAAAGAUGCUGCAGAGAACUUCAGUAUCUUGCAAUUUUACAUUCUUCAUAAAAUUAAGAGGAAAGUUUACAAGCUAUCAUAUACCCUAGUAGUAAGCUACUGUCUGAGCAAAAGUGUGUGCACACCCGACACACAUGUACAACACAAUCACUUGCUGCUUUUGGAUGUUUGCUUACUACACUUCUAUUGGCCAACAUCUGUUCAUGCAGAAAAUAAAAUAAUGCUUUUUCAUAUUGUGCGAAACAGUCCUAGGGUUUUACAUGUAUCUAGAAAAAACUCUAUGUAUGCUCUGUUUUAAUGCCUCAGUCGACAUUAAUCAUUGCUCCAAAUUAUAGAUUGAUUGAGAAUUGCCAUGUAUUUGUGAGCAGUUGAAUUGGGGCAUUUAGAUAAGAAGCAGCAUGAGCUGCAGAACUCCCAUACUCUGAAACUCAGUUCACAUGAUUAGUCCCUAGCUAUGUCCACACUGCAGAAGAGUGAGCUUACAUGUGUCAUGCAUGUCAUGAUGUGUUCGUCUCAGAAUGCAAUAAGUGGUCUUGUAAAUGUCACAUGUGCAGGCUGUAAAAAUGUAUGUGUCUUUUAAAUUAUUACCUAUAAAUAAACAUGUUUGGAUAGCUUUUG